UCACAUAUAUUUUCCUAUAUUAUAAUUGUGGGAACACAAAUAGACAAAGUCAAAAUCCAUUUGUGCAGUCUUGAUAAACAAGACACCAUUACUGUAGACAGAUCUUGAACAAGUCAAUAUAAACCUCACCUCAACACAAAGCAAAGUAUCAGUUCUCCCCAUUUUCACACUCUCUCUAAAACCCAAAUCCGAAAAAAAGAAGCCAUGGCCGGAGUUGAAUUCCUUCCCAAAGAAUAUGGAUACGUAGUUCUUACUCUUGUCUGCUAUUGUUUUCUCAACUUCGGGAUGUCCAUUUCAGUCGGCAAAGCCCGCAAACAGUACAAGGUUACUUAUCCAACAAUGUAUGCUACUGAAGCUGAAAACAAGAAUGCUAAUUCCUUUAACUGUGUUCAGAGAGGUCAUCAAAAUUCAUUAGAAAUGAUGCCUAUGUUUUUCAUGCUGAUGAUUGUUGGAGGAAUUAGACACCCCUUGAUUUGUGCAUCUCUUGGAGCUGUUUAUAUUGUAUCUCGCUAUUUCUACUUCACUGGUUAUUCCACUGGUGAUCCUCAAAAUCGUCUUACUAUUGGGAAAUAUAAUUUCCUGGCAAUUAUAGGGCUGAUGGUUUGCGCAAUAUCUUGUGGAGUUAAUUUUCUUAUGUCAUGAAUAAUAAUCUCAAAUGAAACAAUCUCCUCGUAAUUCCCUUUAUUUCCAGUAAGGGGGUGUCUUUUUUAUGUCUUAACCUGUUGCAUUAGAUGUUGACUUUUGGUUUUGUUCUCUUGUUUUCCUGGUUGCUCCUAAUUUCAAGCUCUUGUAGUGUCUUCUAGAUCUUUUGUAAUUUGUACCUUUCACUACCUUCUUGUGGGAUUUGUCAUUAAUACGAAUUAAAUUGGUACUUGCUGUAUCAAGUUACCUCGUCUGCAUACUGUUUCAGUGUUUGCCAUUUUUAGUUGCAGUGAGUUAAUGAUGAUUUGUAAGGAAAUUAACAUUGUUCAAGAGAAGUGUAAUAUGACUUCAUGGUUGAAAUUGUUUGAUCUUAA